AUGGCUGCAAGUGAGAAAGAGUUACAGAAAAAUAUAGAUAUGUGGAAAGAAGUAUUAGGAGAAAAUGGAAUGAAAAUAAAUGUCAAGAAAACAAAAACAAUGGCAAUAACAGAAGAACAACAGAAAAUAAAUAUACAGAUAGAUGGAGUGAGGCUGGAACAAGUACAAUAUUUUGAUUAUCUAGGGGUAUUGAUAGAAGGAUCAGGAAAACAAGACAAAGAAAUAGAAAAAAGAAUAGAAAAUACAAUGAAAGUAUACCAUAGUAUAAAUAAAAGCUUCAUUAACAAGAGGGAAAUAUCUACAAAAACUAAAAUGAAUGUGUAUCAAGCAGUUUACAAACCAAUUUUAACAUACGGGUGUGAGACAUGGAUAUUAACGAGACAACAUAAGAGUAAAAUUCAAGCAACAGAAAUGAAGUAUCUGAGGAGAGUGAGAGGAGUAACGAAAAUGGAUAGAAUGAGAAGUGAGCAAAUAAGAAAAGAUUUAGGAGUACAAUCGGUAUUAGAAUUCAUAGAACAGCGACAGCUGAGCUGGUGGGGGCACUUACAACGAAUGAAUAAUAGCAGACAAGUUAAAAGGAUAUGGGAGGCUAAAAUACAAGUUAAAAGAAGGAGAGGAAGACCAAGGGAAACGUGGGACAGCACAGCAGAAAAAGCAUUAGAAAAUAGAGGCAAGUCAUGGCAAGAAGCAAAGCUAAUAGCAAGAGACAAAAAGCAAUGGAGAAAAUUUGUAUAUAAAUAG